AUGUCGUCCAUUGAAAACCCUGUCGUCCCCAAGGGAUCGAUUGCUGUAAUCACUGGUGCCAAUGGCUACAUUGCGUCUCACAUUGCAGACCAUUUCAUUCAACAUGGCUACAGGGUCCGCGGAACGGUCCGCAACCCGAAGAAGAGUGCUUGGCUUGUCCCACACUUUGAGAAUAGAUAUGGAACAUGGAAGUUCGAACUUCAUAUUGUCCCAGAUAUGCAAGUUGAUGGCGCGUAUGAUGAGGCUAUCAAAGGGGCAUCCAUGUUUGUGCACACUGCGACCGUCGUCGACUUCAACGGCGACCCAGCCGAAGUGAUUGGGGGUGCAAUCAAAUGUGGGAUGGUUGCUAUCCAGGCAGCGUACAAGGAACCAAGUAUGAGGCGGUUCAUUCUGACUUCAUCAGCCUCGACUCUUAUGCCGCUCAAGAAUUUGCUCUUAAGGGGCAAACUGUGGAUUAAAUUGGAGCAAGAGCAAAGCAUCUGGAAGUUCUACGAGGAGAAGAAAACGAAGCGGCCAGAUAUCGUGGUCAAUUCAAUUGUUCCGGACUUCAACUUUGGAAGAAGCAUUGACCCUUCUCAAACCGGAGGCUCAUCAUCAUUCGGCUUCAUCGUCGAGCUCUUUGAGGGAAAGACUCUCCCCGAGCCUUGGCAUCUUCCCCACUACUUCAUUGACGUCGAGGAUGACGCUGCUCUGCACAUUGCAGCGGCUAUUCUGUCUGAUGUCAAGGGCGAACGCAUCUUCGCAUUUGCCUAUCCAAUGAAUUGGGAUAUCAUCCUGGACAUCCUUCGGAGGCAGAAUCCGAGAAGGAAGUUUGCCGAUAACUUCCACGAUGAAGAAUACCCUGUCACAGUGAAGCCAAUUGCAAGGGCAGAAGGCCUUCUGAAGAGACUGGGCAGGCCGGGUUGGAUCUCUUUAGAGCAAAGCAUUGCAACGAACACCGAGCACUUGAAGGCUACCAACGGUGCAUGA